GGCUACUGGCUGCUGUACCUGGACUCCACCAUGGAAAAUAUGAUGGAGGAUUCCUUCAUAUCGACUGUCUUGCCAGGAUGUGGCGGCUCCUCUCAGGUCGUGUUUAACGGGGUGGAAGACUCCUAUGUUCCUGGAGGAGAUGUCACGUGCCGGUACAGCUUCACCCGGCAGUUCAACCCUCACCACAAUGACUGGAUUGGCAUUUUUAAAGUGGGGUGGGAGACAAUUAAGGACUAUUACACAUACAUGUGGGUUCCCGUGCCCAGUCCCGAGGAAUUAACCGCGCAGCAGGAGGUACUAUUCAAAGCUUAUUAUCUGCCCAAGGAUGGUGAGAAUUACCAGUUCUGCUACGUGGAUGAAGAUGGCAAGGUUCGGGGAGCGAGUACCCCUUUCCAAUUCUGUUCAAAAAGUGAGGAAGACAUGCUGGUUGUUACCACUCAGGAAAAGGUGGGAGAGAUGGAGCAGCGCACUGAGGAGCUUCUCCGAGAAAACCAGGAGCUGAAGGAGAACUGCGCCAGCCUCCAUCAGCAGAACAUAGAUGUGCAGGCAGAGCUGCAGAGGGAGCAGGGAAAGGUAGAAGAGAUGGAGCAGCGCACUGAGGAGCUUCUCCGAGAAAACCAGGAGCUGAAGGAGAACUGCGCCAGCCUCCGCCAGCAGAAGUCAGAUGCGAAGGCAGAGCUGGAGAGGGAGCAGGUUUUUAUUAAGCCUAUCACGGUGCCGCAUUGUGACACCGUGUAA